AUGCUCCCACUCUAUUCUGCUAGAAUCCUUACAUCUUCUCUGGCUGGACUAACACCUAUCAACCCUGCUACAAUGGCUGCGUCUUCACCCGCUCCGGCGCAGACCAAUGGCGAAGCCGCCGCUUUCGACUUCAUGGCCCUGAACAAGAAGUAUACCGAAGAGAAAGAGAAACGUCAACGAGCUGACGGAAAUGCUCAGUACAUUGAGCUUGAGUCCACUGAGAGGUUCCGUAAGCUCGCCGAGGAUCCGUGGGUUGACCACGCCAAGCUCAACGCCCAACCGCCCAGUCUCAAAGACGGCGAUGAAGUUAAGAUCCUCAUCCUUGGUGCAGGAUAUGGCGGUCUAUUGUAUGCCAUCCGUUUCAUUCAGGCUGGCUUCAGAGCCGAGGACAUCCGUCUUGUCGACGUCGCGGGUGGCUUCGGUGGCACAUGGUACUGGAACCGCUACCCCGGUCUCAUGUGUGAUGUCGAAAGUUAUAUAUAUAUGCCCCUACUUGAGGAGACCGGAUAUAUGCCGAAGCACAGAUAUUCAUACGGCCCAGAGCUGUUGGAGCACGCCGAGCGCAUGGCUAACAUGUGGAAUCUGACGGACAAAGGCGUGUUCCGGUCGCAGAUCAGAAGCUAUGAGUGGGAUGAUGAAGCUAAGAGAUGGAUUACAAUCAUUGAGCAGGAUCGCGGUCCCAGCGAAGAGCCUGUCAAGAUGACGGUGCGUUCGCAGUUUGUGGUUCUUGCCAAUGGUGUUCUGAACCACCCCAAAGUCGCCAAAAACCUAGAGGCAUUUGAAGGUGAUAUGUUUCACACGGCGAGGUGGAACUACGACGUUACUGGGGGAAGAGAUGGUCCACCCGAGGCUCCUCAGCUUACAGGUCUCGAGGGGAAGCGAGUUGGAAUCAUUGGUACCGGGGCCACGGCGAUCCAGCUGGUUCCACAGCUUGCCAGAUGGGCAAAAGAGCUCUAUGUCUUUCAGCGGACACCAUCAGCUGUUGACGAGCGAGGCCAGAGGACUACUGAUCCUCAAGAUUUCAAGAGUAGGAUUGCCAACGGUAACGGCUGGCAACUCCGCCGUACUCAAAACUUUAACGAGUUCAUCUCUGGUGGUGAACCGGACGAGAACUUGGUCAACGACGGCUGGACAGGAAUGAAAGCUUACAAGGCUCUUAUCGGGGGACCUCACGACAACCCCAUCACAAUGCAGGACAUUCCCAACCACAUCGGUACUCUGCUAGCCUUGGAUACUCCUAGGUCAGAGAGGCUCCGACGUCGUGUGGAUAGCAUUGUCCAAGAUAAAAAAACAGCCGAAGGUUUAAAGGCGUGGUACCCAGGUUGGUGUAAACGGCCGACAUUCCAUGACGACUACCUGCCAGCUUUCAACCAUCCACAUGUCCACUUGAUUGACACUGAUGGAAAGGGCAUCGAUCACGCAACCAAGGACUCCCUCGUUGCUAAUGGGACCGAUUAUCCUCUGGAUAUACUCGUUCUGAGCACUGGUUACAGACCGCCAGCCGCGGACCUGGCCGAACCGUCAGCAGGAUCUAACAUGACUGUCAAGGGCCGUAACGGUCGUUUGUUGUCAGAAAAGUGGCAUACCCAAGGGCCCAGCACACUUCAUGGCGUUCUUAGCAACGAGUUUCCAAAUCUUUUCCUCACAGGUCCUCUGCAGGCGGGGACUUCUUCAAACUUUGCGUACGCCACUGAUGUUUUGGCACAACACUCUGCUUUCAUUUUGGGUGAAGCGAUGAAGAGAGCGGGUAGAAAUACUGACAAGGUCGUUGUUGAGAGCACAGUAGAAGCCGAAGAAGCUUAUGCUGGGCUUCUCUUGACGAGGGCGGCGUGGUUUGCGGGUUUCGGUGUUUGCACGCCAAACUACAGCAACAACGAGGGCCAAGUAAUCGGACCAGAGGAACAGAUGAAAAUGGCUAGAGGAUCACCUUUCCCUACGGGCAUGAACGCAUUCGUCAAAUUUAUAGAAACCUGGCGCGCUGAGGGGUCUCUCAAAGGGGUUGACAUUACUGUAUAG